AAUUACUGAAGAUGGUUGUGAUCGUCUGAACAAUAAAGAUGGGAAAGAAGCAAAAAGCCAUUCUUUUUUUUCUUUUUUUUCUCGGAUUUACACUAAGACGUUCCUUUACCUUCUACCAUUAUCACUAUUCUUUCUGCCACUUCUCUUUUUUAAACGUCAUUCUUCUCUUUCCGUUUUCAAUCCUUUGUCUUGACAAAACGCUUGUUAUAUUCUAAUUGGGAAAUGAGUUCUCCUAACAUCGUUUAUGCUACAC